UAGACAAAAGACAAAAAGAAGUACACAUCACAGGUUCUGGGAAAACUAGUGGUCUAUCGAAGGAGAGGAUGUGUCUUUAAUGAAUUUCAUGCGAUGUUGUUCCCAGCAGGGAUGCUGAAACAAGCUCGCUUACCCCCGUGUUUCGGAUCAUGCACUGUGGGAGAAAGCAUAACUAGAAUGCAGAACCUCAUCUCAGUCAGGGUUGAAAAAGGACAGGGAAGGACGUGAAGCGCAGCCGGCAAUCUGUGACUAAACCACGGAUAAGAAAUCUGUUGAACUCCCGGUGAAAGAGCAGGCCAAGAUGUUUGAUUCUGUGUUCAUUCUGAGAUGUCAAGGACUAGGAUACGCUUUGACCCGAACUGCAUUACAUUCCUAAUUGAAAGGCAGAUGAAUAUCUGUGGGAAGAUCCCAAACCGGACAGCCCCUGAGAAUGAAGCUGGGACGUCCCUCCCGGCUGACCUCCCCAAGUGCUCCAGGACUAACGGCUGGAGCUGGCCCCCGCACCCCUUCCAGCUGCUGGCCUGGCUGCUCUACAUCUUCUUUGCUGUCUUUGGCUUUGGCAUCUUCAUCCCUCUCCUGCCGACUCAUUGGGUGCCUGCAGGAUAUAUUUGUACUGGCGUCAUGUUCGUUUGUCAUCUGUUUGUCCAUCUGACUGCCGUCACUCUCGACCCUGCCGACAGGAAUGUCAGAAUCAAGAACUACAGAGGCCCGGUUCCAGUGUUGGACCGCACCAAGCAUGCACAUGUGAUUGAGAACUGCCACUGUUACCUCUGUGAGGUGGACGUGAGCCCCAAGUCCAAGCACUGCAGUGCAUGUAACAAGUGUGUUGCCAAUUUCGAUCAUCACUGUAAAUGGCUGAACAAUUGUGUGGGCAGCAGGAAUUACUGGCUUUUCCUGAACAGUGUGAUUUCAGCCCUUCUCGGAAUACUUCUUGUGGUCAUCAUCGCCUUGUAUGUGUUUGUUGAGUUCUUCGCAGAUCCAGCAAUGCUGCGCUCCGACAAAUACUUUCGAGCAGUCAGAAAUGAUUCUGACAUGUGGUUCGUGUUCCUGCCAGUGGCUCCAGUGCCGACGACGGGGCCCACGAUCCCUGCUCUGGCUGCCAUCACUAUCGCUCUGGGGCUUCCCUCCACCAUCUUGCUGGGCCAUCUGCUCAUCUUCCACAUUUAUCUCAUGUGGAACAGAUUAAGUACAUAUACAUAUAUCAUGCGUCAGCGCCAUCGCCAUGAGGCCACGAGCACUGACAAGCAGGACGAGAGGAAGGAGGCUGUACCUCCAAAAAUGAAUCCAAUAAAGGAUGUUGGUUACUCAGGGACACUAGGGUACACCAAUCCUGAGAUCCAGGUGGAAGAUCCUGCUGUAAUGGUAGCAUCAGGAAAAGACAUAUCGAAGCGCUAUGGAAACGGGACCCUGAGGAAGUCCAGCAGCAGUAAAGCAGGAGAGGAACCCUGUCCCACCUUCUCCAGCGAGCAGCAGCCAACCAGCUGGGCAAGGACAAACACACAGAAGAAUAAAAAGAAGAAAGUGCACAAAGUGCCAGCAGAAAUUAUCAGUGACAGGUCGCUGGAAAACCAUUCAAACAAACUCCCAGGAGUGUCGCCUUCCGAUCCAGGACCCCUGUUUGGUGCUCUUACCGUUGCUGCCUCCCAGAGUCUCGUGCUCCCCGUCCCGGCCUUUCCUCAAAGAGCCUCCCUACCUCCCCUGGUAGCCAGUGCCGCCCCAGUCCAGGCCGCGGGGCCCCCUUCUGACUACCACUCUGAUUCUGCAGAGUCCAUGGACGAGAUUCCCGUCACACAGACCCGCCUCGGCAGUGCUGCUAUGGGAGGAUACAGCAGCCACUGCAACUCCCGACAGAACCUCCUCUCCAAAUCUCGCCUCCCCCCACAGGACCACUGGCCCCUGCAGCCUGUACCCUCCCCGCAGCCCAGAGCCACAAGGAGGAGUUUGAAGAGGCCCCUGAGCACGGAGCAGAGAUUCAAGCUGCUCCCUCAGCCCCCUACCGUGUACGUGAGUAAGAGCAGCGGGGACUGCAGGGCCCCCCAGCUCUGGGGUAACCCCACCGCAGUGGAGGAGGGCUCCUCUGGACACGGUAAAAGGGAAAGGAUCAGUAAGAAAAGCCACGAGCACGACAGCAGCAGAGACGCAAGGACAGGUACAACGCUAGCUUGAUUAAGACCCAGUGAUGGGGGAGGUUACUUUCAAAAAGUAAUCAGCUAGAGUAAUCGGAUUACCGUAAUGCAUUACUCCCCAUCACUGGCAGCAGUACCACUACAGAUCUACAGAUAAAUAGUAAAGCUGUGUUUUUAAAUAAAUUGCAAAAAUAUAUUUUUUUUAAUUUUUAAAAGAAAAAGAAAUACUAAAAUGAUUAAUCAAAUGUUGAAAUCCUGAGAAAUUGUGAGAAAAUUGUAUCCUUUUCUCCGUAAUAAUGGUUAAUAUUGAUUAGGUUAUAAAAUUAUCUGAAAUGAUAUAAACUUUGAUGGGAAGGUAGUACCAUAUACACCAUCAGUCAGUGGUCUAGGCAAGCCAACUGAGCCCCCCAUUUCAUUUCUAUUGGUUUGAUUCCUUAGUGUUUUGUGGUAUUUGAAAUAGUGACCUCUGUACCUAUAUAGAAGAACCACCUGUCUAAUGACCCCACCCUCACACAUCUCGAUAGGAAGACCACUUUUACAUUGUGUGUGUGUGUGUGUGUGUACAGCAGCUAUACCUCUACCUCUGUCUGUGAGUACACAUGUGUUUCUAAGUCUGGUUUGUGCCAUAUUGAAAGGAAAUGCCCUAUCAUUAAAGACUUUUGAUUGCUGCCUGUGUAGGGAACGCACCAGCAUGGGCACACCAGCUUGUAACUGCUUCAGUUCUUGCAGUCGGUUUAACAUCCCAGUGCAAUAUUUUAAAAUGCCAUCUCUUAAUUUAAAUGAACCGAUUUUGAUAUUUAAAAUGUUUGUUCAAAGAGUUUGUUUUUAACCUUUUUUUAAUAUAAAUCUAGCCAUUGGUUGAAAUAACAACAACUUUAUGAUCUCCGUCCAAAUAGGUUUAUAAACCUAGUCCAAAACCUUUCGUCCUUACAUUUCAAAGUCUUUAAUCUAGGUUUGUUUGUUUGUCACAAAAAGAAAACACUCUGCAGAGGCAAAUAAUUUGAGAGGAAUAAAACAGCAAAUAUAUAAAACUAUCGGAAAACAAGAAAUGAGAAAUGAGACAUGCAAAUUAUUAUCCUGAGUAGUUUUGUUCUUGUAUUUUCCCUUUAACAAAUGUUUUAUUUUCUUGUAAAUGCCUUAGCACUGACUUAGCAUCAAAUCCAGUGUUAAGUCUAAUGGACUUCAUUAUACACUACAAACAUAUCUUGUAGACAAACGUGUUUUAACCUUACGCUUUAAAAUUGACAGGAUGUUUUAUACAGUAUUUAAAUCUUUUUGUCGUCUGACUCCGAGCACUGUAAAAACCUCUUUAGUGUCUUUAUCUGUCUUUCUACCAGAUCCAAGUUGUUUAGAUUUGAAACGGCGUGGUUAAACGUAUUCUAAGAGUUGUAUUGUCUUUAACAUGGAUGGGUAUAGAUGUGGAACUGUGAUUCAUCUUUGUCUUAAAAUGAAAACAUUAAUUUUUUUAGGGGAUUUGUGUAUUUUGAGGUUCGUUUUAAAAUGAUGUUUCAACAUAAAUGUGGGGGAGAAUUUGAUGGGGAAUGCUUGGACAAAAAUCCAGUAGUCAGACAAAUCCCAGAUUUUGCUGGGUUUAGGUAGGCACCAGACAGUGCAGUGUUGAGGGUUUCCAGCAUUAUGUGUAAAACCAGUGAUAAAUGAAUCACCCUUCUGGUUUACUGAUUUAUUUAUAAGCAUCUAUAAACCUCUUAUUAAAGGUAUCAGUUUAUUACAAUACACAUUGUAAUUGUAAAGUAAUUCAGUUUAUUGCCUUUGUUUCAUUUUUUUAAACUUCAAUUAUUGUUCAUCACAUCCCUUUUAUAAUAAUAAUAAUAAUAAUAGUCU